AGGUCUCCCGGCUCCAAUCACUCCUCACUCCAGAGACACUGAACAUGGGGGGAAAGCCGGCUGGGGAGGAGGCCUACGAGCCGUGCAGGGACAGAGUCCAGCACCUGCAGAGCACGGACCCCACCUCUUCCCACACUGCCCAGCCCUCUGCCCUCCCUCCUCGGCGCCCACAAGGGACCCUGGUCCUGGCCCGCUUCCUCCCUGUGUACUCAGGGAGGACCAGGAACAGGACGCAGCCACAAUCUCAACCGCCGAGCUCAGGGAAGCCAGUCAAACACGACCCUUCCUUCCGAGGCCCCAUCAAGAGCAGGGGCUGCACCGAUGUCAUCUGCUGUGUCCUCUUCCUUCUCUUCCUCCUGGGCUACACUGCGCUGGGCAUCGUGGCGUGGGUGUAUGGAGACCCCCGGCAAGUCCUCUACCCCAGGAACUCCACCGGGGCCUACUGCGGCAUGGGGGCCAACAAAGAUAAACCCUAUCUCCUGUACUUCAACAUCUUCAGCUGCGUCCUGGCCACCAACAUCAUCGCGGUCGCUGAGCACGGCCUGCAGUGCCCCACACCCCAGGUGUGUGUGUCCUCCUGUCCAGCGGCCCCCUGGGUCGUGAGUCAGGGUGAGCUCUCACUGACGGUCGGGGAGGUCUUCUACGCUGCAAACCGGACUGUCUGUCGGCCAGGGGUGCCCUGGGACAUGCCAGUACUCCAAAGCCUGGAACGAGACCUCUGCCCCAGCUUCCUCCUCCCCUCCACUCCAGCUCUGGGGCGCUGUGUUCCAUACCCCAAUAGUACACAGGUCGAGUUCCCAGGGAUCUCUGGCAACACCUCCAUCAACCAGGGGAUCAGUGGUCUUCUGGACAGCUUCAAUGCCCGCGACAUCAGCGUUAAGAUCUUUGAAGACUUAGCCCAGUCCUGGUACUGGAUUCUUGUUGCCCUGGGCGUGGCUCUGGUCCUGAGCCUGCUGUUUCUCCUGCUGCUUCGCCUGGUGGCCGGGCCCCUGGUGCUGGUCCUGAUCCUAGGGGUGCUGGGGGUGCUGGCAUAUGGCAUCUACCACUGCUGGAAGGAGUACCAGGUGCUGCGGGACCGGGGUGCCUCCAUCACCCAGCUGGGCUUCACCACCAACCUCAGCGCCUACCGUAGUGUUCAGGAGACCUGGCUGGCGGCCCUGAUCGUGCUGGCUGUGCUCGAAGGCCUCCUGCUGCUCAUGCUCAUCUUCCUGCGGCAGCGGAUCCGCAUCGCCAUCGCCCUCCUGAAGGAGGCCAGCAAGGCCGUGGGACAGAUGAUGUCCACUAUGUUCUACCCGCUGGUCACCUUUGUCCUCCUGCUCAUCUGCAUUGCCUACUGGGCCAUGACUGCCCUGUACCUGGCCACCUCAGGACAACCUCAGUACGUCUUCUGGGCACCCAACGCCAGCUUCCCCAGCUGUGAGGCCGUGCCAGUGAACGCAUCGUGUGACCCCAUGGCUCAGCCCACGAACUCCUCGUGCCCCGGACUGAUGUGCGUCUUCCAGGGCUACUUGUCCACAGGCCUGGUGCAGCGAUCUCUCUUCAACUUGCAAAUCUACGGGGUCCUGGGGCUAUUCUGGACCCUCAACUGGGUCCUGGCUCUGGGCCAGUGUGUCCUGGCUGGGGCCUUUGCCUCCUUCUACUGGGCCUUCCACAAGCCCCGGGAUAUCCCCACCUUUCCCCUGGGCGCGGCCUUCCUCCGCACGCUGCGUUACCACAUCGGGUCGCUGGCCUUUGGGGCCCUCAUCCUGACCCUGGUGCAGAUAGCGCGGGUCAUCUUGGAGUACAUUGACCACAAGCUGAGAGUCGCCCAGAACCCCGUGGCCCGCUGCAUCAUGUGCUGCUUCAAGUGCUGCCUCUGGUGCCUGGAGAAGUUCAUCAAGUUCCUGAACCGCAACGCGUACAUCAUGGUGAGCCCAGUGCACGCAGGCCCGACAGGGGUCCUGUCCUUCUUCCUCUUCACGGGUCGCCUGGGGCUGGGCCAAGACUUGGAGAGCCGCCCCCUCAACUACUACUGGCUGCCCAUCAUGAUCGCCGUCCUGGGGGCCCACUUCGUCGCCAGCGGCUUCUUCAGCGUCUUCGGCAUGUGCGUGGACACGCUCUUCCUCUGCUUCCUGGAAGACCUGGAGCGCAACGAUGGCUCCGCGGCCCGGCCCUACUUCAUGUCCAAGGCGCUCCUGCAGAUUCUCGGCAAGAAGAACGCCGCGCCCCCGGGGGGCAAGGGGAAGAAGCCCUGAGCCGGCGCCGCCCCGCGCAGCCUCCCGGCCUCCCCUCCGCUCAGGCCCUGAUUUUGUAGUAAAAAGAUGCUAUUAAAGAUUGACACAUUUGUUUUCGCAAGAA